AUGAUUAUCAUACCACUAUUCCUAUCCCCAUCACCACAAUCGACGUCGUUUUCUUUUCACCGCCAUCAACACCACUCCACUCCAUUCAUCCUAAACAUAUUCGCCCGUUCCCAGUAUUCUACCGUCUUUUCUAUUCUUUUCAAAUGGUUCUUUUUUUCUUUUGCGAUUUCUUCGCUUUCGAUUCAAUUCUAUUUCUCUUCUUCUCACAAACGCUUUAUGAACUUCUUUCUUAUUUUUUUCUCUUCUACCGUCUCUCUAUUUUUGUUUUCCUUUUCCUUUCUUUUCUUUCUUUCUUUUGCUUUAUGCCCUUUCUUUUUCUUUUUCUUUUUCUUUUUUUUUUUGUCUUUCUUUUCCCCACUCUCUAUGUUCUUUUAUUUCCACACUUCCUCCUCCGUUCGUAUCUUUUCUUUUCCACAAUUCCUUUCAAUUCUUUUCUCUUUUCCAGAGCAUCCUAAAAUUCUUCUCGGCCCCACCGGUUUCUUUCCUUUCACCAUUCUUUUAUCUUUUUUUCUUAUUUUACCUCAUUCUGCCUAG